GCUGUUCAGAAGGAGAGGGUGUUUUGCGAGAAGUGGUGGUAGUGGUAGUCGUUGGAAAUAGGGGGCAAUAGAUCUUGAGCUCGGCUCCGAUGCAAACAUUUUCUGCAGGUCGAAUUCCUAGUUUAACGCGCCCCUCCCAAUGCUUCUCCGACUUCCCCUCCGCGGGACACAAUGCCUUUCCCGGCGGCGUUUCACGACACUUGCGAUCGAAUCCUCCUGCGAUGACACCUCCGUGGCAAUCCUACACACACCCCACCAUUCGUCGACACAGGCCAGUCUCUGCUUCCAUGAGACGAUCACGUCAGCCAACCGGGCCACCGGCGGAAUCCAUCCGAUUCUCUCUCUGACCUCGCACCGGCGGCACCUCGCCGCGCUCGUCCAACGCGCCGUAUCCGCGCUCCCGGCCGGCGUCGACAAACCGGACCUGAUCGCCGUCACGCGCGGCCCCGGAAUGGUUUCCUCGCUGGCGGUAGGUUUGGACAUGGCGAAGGGACUCGCCGUGGCCUGGGGCCGGCCGCUGAUCGGCGUUAACCACAUGCUAGCGCACGCGCUUACGCCACGGUUGAUCGAGCGGCUGGGAGAGGGAAGCGGUGCGGAGUUUCCGUUCUUGACGCUGCUGGUGAGCGGCGGACAUACGAUGCUGUUGCACUCGCACGCGUUGACGGAACAUACCGUCAUCGCGGGGAGUAUAGAUAUCGCCGUCGGGGAUAUGGUGGAUAAAGUUGCCAGGCGCAUACUGCCGCCUGAUGUGCUGGAGAUGCAGGGUGAGGCCGUGGCUUAUGGCAAGGUGCUAGAGGAGUUUUGUUUUCCACGAGGAGAGGAGGAUUGGCGUUACUCCCCGCCGGGGACUACGGAGAGAAAGGCGGAGAAUAGAACGAAGCACGAAAGAUGGGGGGGUUGGAAGAUGGUUCCACCACUACAGUUGCACCCACGGCCGGAUGCGUUCUCGUUUUCGGGAUUAGGAAGCGCACUCGAGAGGUAUAUAGAUGCAAACCCAGCGAUUGAAGUGGAGGAGACGAAGGAGUUGGGGAGAGAGGCAAUGAUGAUGGCGUUCGAACAUGUUGCUGAUAGGGCCGUGGCAACGCUCAAGUCACCGCAGGCCGAGGGAAUAAAGAGUUUGGUCAUAAGUGGUGGGGUUGCGAGCAACCGCUUCUUGAGAUACUUAAUCAGGAGGUAUCUGGAUCAGGCUGGAUUCGAGCAUGUGCAGCUGGUGUGUCCGCCAGUGAAGUAUUGCACUGACAAUGCGGCCAUGAUUGCGUGGGCGGGAUUGGAGUUGUGGAAGGCUGGGUGGCACACUGAUUUGGGGGUGUUGCCGAUUCGGAGGUGGAGUCUGGAUAAUUCUGUUGAGUGUGAAGAUCCGGGCGAAAGGGGUCCCGAGCAGAAGGGCGGUGUUUUGGGUGUGUCCGGGUGGAUGAAGAGAGAUCUCACUGAUUUCCAGUAGUGGAGAGGUUUGCACAUAUACCUAGAAUAGAUAGAACCUGCAUCAUAUCUACAUACAAAGGGUUAGAAGAGGGCUAUGUAGUGCCGAAUGAAUACAGAAAAAUCAUAUGGG